AUGACUGAGCUUGUGGGUUCUCGCGCCGCAUCCAUACAAAAGUUAGAAAUGCAAAUGAGAGAUCUAUCAAGAGAGCAAAAUCCAAAGCAAAAGGGCACACUCCCAAGUGACACAAUAACAAAUCCAAAAGCAUUUCAAGAGAUUCCGGGUUUUGCUAAGUACUUGAAGGACUUAAUCACCAAGAAGAAAACCACCAAGAAUGAAGUGGUGAAUGUGACUCACCGGGUUUGCUCCAUCAUUGCAACAACCACCGUUCAAAAGGAAGAAGACUCGGGAGCUUUUACCAUUCCAUGCACUUUCGGGUUGCGUGAUUUUGCACGAGCUCUUUGUGAUAAUGGGGCUAGCAUCAACUUAAUGCCUCUUGAUAUUUACAAGAAAGCGGGGUUAGGUAUGCCGAGGCCUACAAGUAUGAGGUUGCAAAUGGCUGACCGUUCAAUAAAAAGACUGGUGGGAAUUAUUGAUGAUGUUCUUGUGAAAGUGGGGAAGUUCCUCCUCCCUGCCGACUUUGUUAUCCUUGAUUGUGCUGUUGAUAAAGAAAUCCCUAUCAUCUUAGGGAGACCAUUCCUUGCUACCGGAAGAGCACUCAUGUAUUCGCAACGAAAUGAGAUCAAGUUCUGA